AUGGUCGAGUCGCCGCUUACCACCGCCGCUGCAAAGGCGCUUGUUGCGUCGACUGGCGACUGUGUUCCCUGCGAGCCCAUCAAUGCCCCGUCCGUGGCCCCAUCUCUCACCUUCUCCGACGAGUCGGACGAUGCCGAGGAGCCUGUUCGUGCAGCAGGGAAGCCGCAGGCGCGCCAGCGUCGCGCUUCCACGCGGCUCAUUGCCCAGAGCGCCCGCGACAUCCAGCGUAUCACUGGCGAGACGACAGCCGAGUUUGUCGGACGCUGCUGCGGCGGCGGCUGCUGCUUGAUGGGCAGCAAGCGUCCUGCCGGCAUCGACUACGAACCUCUGGCCCUGCCCGACAAUGCGGCCUUCAAUUCCCUUGGUCUCAAGUUCCCCGAAGAGAUCCCUACCAAUCUCACCGGCAUUGUCGAUAUGCCAGACAAGGUUGUCUCGUUCAAGUCCAUUCCUCGCCCGCUUAGCCUCCCUUCAGACUCGGGCAUCUCCAUGGGUCCUGAUGCCGAUACCUUCUCCACAUCCUCUGCCGAAAAGGCCUCAGAGCCCAUGACCGCCGAGCCUCUCGACACUUCUAUCCAGCCCCCCAAAUUCGUGCAACCGCACCCUCCCUACCACGUCUACCCCGCCAAAAUUCACACUGCUCGCGAGCUCACCAAGGAUGGUGCGGAGAAGCGCACCUAUCACUUCGACCUUGACGUCACCAACUAUCCCGACGAAGAGUCUAAUGACUUCAAGGUUGGCGGCGCCAUUGGAGUUCUUGCUCCCAACGAAGACAGCGUUGUCAAUGAUGUUCUUGACCGCCUUUUGGUUCCCCGCUUCGUCCGUGACAAGCAGACCUUAAUGACUACCACUACUGGCCGCUGGCCAACGGUCUGGGGUGACGAGAAGCCCCGCGAGCUCAUUACCACUCGCAGAGAUGUUCUCAAGUGGUGCACCGACCUUCAGUCCUAUCCUCCUACCAAAAAUGUGUUCCGCGUUCUCGCUGAGCACGCCACUGACGAGGUCGAGAAGAAGGUUCUCAUGUUCCUCUGCUCCGCUCAGGGCCAGGGCACGUUCUGUGAUAUCCGCACAGGACCCCACGUCACCAUGUCUCAGCUGCUCUAUGCAUUCCCCAGCUCGCAGCCACCUCUGGAUGAGCUUCUGUCUGUCCUACAGCAGCUCAUGCCUCGCUUUUACUCUCUCUCCAACGACCCUCACGAUUCUUACCAGAUCCGCGAUCAGAAGGAACACCGCUUGAUUGAAAUAGCUGUCACCGUUCAUGAGACGAGUGACUGGCGCAAGGGUUCUCGUACUGGCGUCGGGUCUGGAUUCUUUGAGCGCCAGGCACAUCGCUUCCUGGAUGCUCAAGCUGCUGGGGAGGCCAACCCCGAGGUUUACAUUCCCAUGUUCAAGGGGCUCAUGGCCAAUCCACUUGCCAAAGAGUUCAAUUCCGAUGGUCCCAUGCUGCUUAUUGGUGCUGGUGUUGGCAUUGCCCCCUUCCGUGGCUUUGUUCAGCGCCGCCUCAAGCAGGCCAACUGCGCCAAUAAGGUCUGGGUCCUCCAAGGCAUUCGUGAUUCUCUGGUCGACGAAAUUUACAGCGGAGAGUGGGGUGUACACGAGGAAGAAGUCAAGCGUGUCGUUCAGAGCCGACGCGGCGAAGGACGUUAUGUCCAGGAAGAGGUCCGCAACCAAGCUGACCUCGUCUGGUACAUUGCCAACUCCGUCGACGGGCGAGUCUUUGUGUGUGGCAGCUCCCGGGGCAUGGGCGAGGGCGUCGAGGAGGCGCUCAUCGAUGUUGCCAUGUCCAAGGGUAACCUAGAGCGUGACGAGGCCCGCAGAUUCUGGGACCUCAAGAAGGAGGCUGGACAGUACAUUGCCGAGACCUGGUAA